AUGAGCAUUACUACCCAGUCACUAUCGGAGACGUAUACGAGACCAGAUAUCAAGUCGCGGGCAAAAUUGGCUAUGGGGCGUACUCAACCAGUUGGCUAUGCCAGGAUCUUCGCGCUGCCAAAGUUCCCUACUGCAACAGAUCGCGAGCUAAAUAUUUACGAGCAUCUUACGAAAGUUCAUUCUACUCACGGAGGCCAAUCCCUAAUCCGUGAGCUUUACGAUUCUUUUGAACUUCAGGGGCUAGUCGGCAGACACUGCUGUCUAGUUCUGCAACCAAUGCACAUGACGCUUCUUGAAAUGAUAAAACUCAAUCCACGGCCGUUUGAUCCACCCCUGCUUAAAAUGAUAGUUAAGCGACUUCUUUUAGCUCUUGACUUUUUACAUACUGAGGCUGGGGUAAUUCAUACAGAUCUGAAGACCGACAACCUGAUGCUCAGUCUAGAGGACAACACCAUGCUAGUUGAUUUCGCAAAAGCAGAAGCCGAGGAUCCUAGCCCUCGGAAGCAGAUAGACAAGUGUCGUAUUAUAUACAAGAGUCGAAGCUUCCGCCGACCUGCUGGAAAUAAGAGCUACGGACUCCCGAUUCUAUGCGACUUUGGUGAGGCGCGGAUUGGCAAAAAACAAGAAUCUGGCCCGUUUGUCCAACCACAUAUUUAUAGAGCACCAGAAAUUAUAUUUGAAAUGCCGUGGGGGAAUGCCGUUGACAUUUGGAAUCUGGCAGCUUUGAUAUGGGACCUUUUUGAAGGGGAGCAUCUCUUUGGGGAUAUAUUCGACACCAAAGGUGGCCACGAUCCAUUUAAACAUCUGGCACUCAUGGUUGGCUUGAUUGGGCCACCACCGAGCGAAUUCGUCAAACGUAGUGAGACGACAGAACAGUGCUUUGACUCUACCGGCUCCUGGGUUGCCCUUGAAGAUGCAACUGUACCAUCGGUCUCCCUGGAGAGUCUGGAGAGGCGACUCUCUGGACAAGAGAAAGAAUCUUUUCUUCGGUUCAUGAGGUCAAUGCUCAAGUGGCUGCCAGAAGAACGGAAAACCGCAAAUCAACUGCUCCAGGACCCAUGGUUGCUAUAG